GCCAUUUUGAUUAAAGCAUUAGACGCAGGUGCUGCGGACCGCUCCAGCGGGUUUACUUUAUUUAAAUUUACCAUUUACUGAGUAAACUUGAGGGUUAUCGAUUAAAAGCCAUUUUAAAGGGCAUUUAAUCGGAAAUGGCCACUGGAGCGAAUGCAACUCCCCUUGGGAAGUUGCACCCCAGUAUCGGUGCUAAACGCGGGUUUGAAGCUGGGCCCGGAGCGGGUAACGGCUUGAUGCCGACCCCGGCCCCCCCUGGCUCGUUCUCUUCCCUCCAGGGUUAUCCGGCUUCCAUGCCCAACGCCGCCUUCUCUCAGGCGCACCAGUUUAAUCCCGGGACUAAUUUUUCCACCCAGGCUCAGCCACAGACAUCCGCGGGGUCCGGAAUGGCCAACACUGAUUUUGGCCAAAAGAAAAGGAAAAAGAGUCGAUGGAGCAGUGAGACCCCUGAUCAGAAGACGGUGAUACCGGGAAUGCCCACCGUCAUUCCCCCCGGACUCACCCGCGAUCAGGAGAGAGCCUAUAUAGUCCAACUGCAGAUUGAAGACCUGACUCGUAAACUGCGUACAGGAGACCUGGGAAUCCCUGUUAACCCUGAGGACAGGUCUCCUUCUCCAGAGCCCAUCUACAACAGCGAGGGCAAAAGGCUGAACACCCGCGAGUAUCGCACUCGGAAGAAGAUCGAGGAGGAGCGCCACUCCCUCAUCACAGAGAUGAUCGCCCUCAACCCCGACUUCAAGCCGCCGGCGGAUUACAAGCCUCCCGCCACCAGAGUGAGCGAUAAAGUCAUGAUCCCUCAAGACGAAUACCCUGAAAUCAACUUUGUGGGUCUGCUAAUUGGACCGCGGGGUAAUACGCUGAAAAACAUCGAGAAAGAAUGCUGCGCAAAGAUCAUGAUCCGAGGAAAAGGAUCAGUGAAGGAAGGGAAAGUGGGCCGUAAAGAUGGACAGAUGCUGCCAGGUGAAGACGAGCCUCUGCACGCCCUGGUCACCGCCAACACCAUGGAGAACGUCAAGAAAGCCGUGGAGCAGAUCCGUAACAUCCUGAAGCAGGGCAUCGAGACCCCAGAGGAUCAGAACGACCUGAGGAAGAUGCAGCUGAGGGAGCUGGCCAGGCUGAACGGCACGCUGAGGGAGGACGAUAACAGGAUCCUUCGUCCGUGGCAGAACACCGAGCCCCGCAGCAUCACUAACACCACCCUGUGCACCAAGUGUGGAGGAGCCGGUCACAUUUCCUCGGACUGCAAGUACACCAGCACCUUCACAGGCCAGAGAGCCACUGGCGGCGAGCCGCCACAGUCGGCUCAGGAUAAGGCUCGGAUGGAUAAGGAAUACCUGUCCCUCAUGGCUGAGCUGGGGGAGGCGCCGGUGCCCACCUCUGGGGGGGGACACUCCAACUCCCCGAGCGGAGCUCCCCGGGCCUCUGGACCCAACAGCAACCAGCCGCCGCCGAACCGCCCCCCCUGGAUGAGCUCCGGUCCCGCUGAGAACAGGAACUAUCCGGGGAUGGGGGGGCCUACAGGGCCCGGAGGCCCUCAGAGCUUCCCACCCCCCAUGCCCAGCAUGGGAGGGCCCCCAAUGCCCCCCAACCCUAAUGGCCUCCCUCCACCAUGGAUGCAGCCCCCUCCCCCUCCAAUGGGCCAGGGACCUGGACCUCACGGACACCCCAUGAGUAUGCUCCCCCCUCCCAUGGGCAUAAUGCCACCCCCACCUCCUCCUCCCGGCAACCAGCCCCCCCCUCCUCCAUCCGCUGCCCUGCCGCCGUGGCAACAGCAGGCUCCACCGCCGCCUCCUACCAGCAGCAUGGCGACCAGCACCCCGUUACCCUGGCAGCAGAAUACAACCACCACCACCUCAAGCCCCGCCUCCAGCAGCCUGCCGCCGUGGCAGCAGCCCCAGCAGCCCGCCGCGUCCGCAGCCCAGCCGCCGCUCCCCAUCGGAUCCCAAUCCAUGGUGCCGCCUCCGCCCGGCGUGCAGCCCCCGCUGCCCCCCGGGGCGCCCCCGCCUCCUCCCCCUCCUCCUCCAGGCUCCACCGGCAUGAUGUACGCCCCGCCGCCGCCUCCGCCACCUAUGGACCCUUCCAACUUUGUCACCAUGAUGGGCAUGGGGGUGCCCGGCAUGCCGCCCUUCGGGAUCCCCCCCGCUCCCCCUCCACCUCCUCCACAGAACUAAUCCUGCCACAGAAAAAGUUUUCACACCCUCCCCUUCUCCAGCAGGACGUGACGCACCAGCUACCGACUGACGGCGAGGACUCGAAGCAGAAAUGUCUAAGCGGCGCUCUAAUUUUAUUGCUCCAGCGGCGAACAGCUGGAACGGUCGGCCAUCUUCCCUUCCUCCCCGUUUUUUUUUAAAUUUUUUUUCAUGGACACGCCAGUGUUUGUGUGGAUGUGAACACCAUGGCUACGGAGAGAAAUUGGUUCCAGUAUUAUCGUAAACGCCUUUCAGGAAAAAGGAAAUUUGCUUCGUUUUAAAAAUGAACAUUUUAAAAAUUCGCAAAUUAAAAUUUUGAGUAACUUAUAAUGUAUAUCUAACAUAACAGCCAAUAUAUACAUUUAUUUUUUCACAUUUCAAUUUUUGCAAUUUUUCGGGGGAUGUGAAAAGAUU